AUGCUGAACUUGCUCCAUACCAAGUUUCCAAAGUCGAGUCUGUUCGCGACCAUUUGGUGCAUCGCUCAGAACAACACCCCGCGAGAUCUUUAUAUCGCCAUGACUACCUGGACACCAUACUUCAUCAGAAUAAAGCUGCUCGUGGAAUUUAGAGCUACCUAUCGUCACAGAGCCAUCGACCGCAAGUGGCUAUACGAUUAUUACCAGCAGCACCCACUUGCAUAUAUGGACCAGGCCCGUGACGCAUUCACCCGUAUGGAUCAAACUUCCAUUUUGAUUGCAUCAGUUGGACAAUAA